AUGGACUGUCUUUCUAUACCUGUACCUAUUGAUAUUUACACUUCUCUUCUCAAAGAAUGCACUUCUUCUCGAGACAUUGAUCAAGCGAUUUUGUUGCAUCAACAUAUGGCUAAUAGUGGCAUCAGUCUUGGGUUGUCAUUGCGUAAUCGAUUCCUGUUGUUGUUUUGUUGUUGUGGAUGUAUGAGUAUUGCCCGCCAACUGUUUGAUGAUAUGCAUGAUAAAGAUCCUAAUUCGUGGGCUGCUAUGAUCGCUGGUUAUAUGAGUAGUGCUGAUUAUAGUGAGGUUAUAGAGCUGUUUGUUGAAAUGCAGAGAUAUAAGUUUGCUGAUCGGAAUGUGGUUUGGUUUCCGUAUUCUUGGAUUUUGGUGUGUGUUAUUCAGGCUUGUGUGGAGACCGACAAUUUUGAACUGGGGAGACAAGUUCAUGGGUUGUUAUGGAAAGUGGAUUUUGAAAAGAAUUUGUUUGUUUGCAGCUCGCUCAUAGACUUUUAUGGGCGGAAUGGAUGUUUUGUAGGUGCGGAUUUUGUGUUUGAUCAAGUUCCUUGUAGCAAUACUGUUGUUUGGACUGCUAGACUUGUGAACAAAUGCAGGGAAGGACGUUUCGAUGAAGCGCUUACUGUUUUCAGGGAGAUGACGAGGGAGGGAGUGAAGAGGAACAGUUUUACGUUCUCUAGUGUUCUUAAAGCAUGUGGUAGAUUAGGUGACGGAGGAUUGUGUGGUGAACAAGUUCAUGCACAUGCCAUAAAGUUUGGCGUGGUUUCUAAAAGCUAUGUGCAAUGCGGAUUAGUUGACAUGUAUAGUAAAGUCGGGUUGGUGCCAUAUGCAAAGAGAGUUUUUGAUAUGAAUGAAGACAGGAAAAAUGGCGCUUGUUGGAAUGCCAUGCUUAGAGGAUAUAUGAAAGAUGGGGAAUACAUUGAAGCCAUUAAAAUUCUUUAUGAAAUGCAGGCAGCUGAUCUGCAGCCACAAGAAUCAGUGCUAAAUGAAUUGAGGUGUGCUUGUGGAAGCAGUAACAUAUUGGGGGCCUUUGGUUGA